AUGGAAUAUGCUACAGAAAUAACCAUCAUACCCUCUCCAACCAUCAAGAGCAGUCAAUUCGUGUCAAUUGCAGAGAAAGUAGCCAGAAGACGGCACGCGCUUGCGGCUCCAUUGAUACCAGAUCUUAGCAUAGGAAAAGUCCUUCGCAGCGGAUGGCUUGGAACCACAGAAGCUUACAUUCAGGAGGUGGACAAAGCUUCGCUCAGGCUCACUUUGCAACAGCUCAAACCCAAUGUUCCGAUGAAAGCCUUAGUCAGUAGCGACACUCAAGCAGCUGCAGCAUCUCAAGCCACAUCCAAGAAAGUCGAAGCUCCAAAGCAUGUGCCAGCUUCCUUUCUUCCAGAUUACCAAAAGAAAGGAGUUGAAGGCCUUCUGAAACUCCUGUUGCAUACAAGAAACGUUGACAGCAUCACAAGUCUCACACUGCUUGAGAACGGUUGUGAUGUAACUGGAGCCGUAGGCCAGUAUCUCAGCCAGUACGUUGGUACUUAUAUAGGGGUCAACUGUGGGUUCGAGAACAAGGACGUGCCCGAGAACCUUAAGUACUCAGCAGAGAACGCAAUCUUCAUCAGCACCGACUGUGGCCCUCUUCCAUUCCAAGAUAACUCUUUCGACGUUGUGUUUUCGGACAACGUUCUCGAGCAUGCUCAGCCUGUGGAUCUUUUCCUGCGGGAAAGCCACCGAGUCCUAAAGCAGAAAGGCAUUGCUUACUUCAGCUGGGGCCCGAUCUGGACAGGUCCGUUUGGACACCACGUGCACGAAGACAUGGUCCAGAGGCGCGCGAAGCGGCUGAACACGACAAGCACGUACCGGAACGACGGAACGGUCAUACCGCCCUGGGGUCAUCUCCUUUUCAGCCCCGAGCAGCUUCGCGAGCAGCUUUCUAAGACGAAGGGCUUCGGAACUCCCCAGCUCAUAGAUGGGAUCGUCCAAUACGUCUACUCGGACAACAAUCUGAACCGGGUCGGCUUCAGUGAGAUACUGAGACUGAUCGAGUCCUUGGAUUGGAAGCCAGUCCCGGAGUUCCACGCAUGCGAAACUGCUGGAGAAGUGCACGGUCUGGAUCCCGAUUCGACCCUGCCCAGCUUCGAAGAAGAGCUUCCCCAGGAGGCUGUCGUGAGGCCCAUUCUGGAUCUGUCUCGGCUCGAUCGUGCGGUAGAAGCUUUUCCGUAUGAGACGAGAUUCGACAUAGGGUUCUGCAGGCUGGCAUUCAUUAAGACGUAG